CUUCACCUCUGUCAGAUGAAGAGACAAACUACCUAAGAAUGGAAUACUUACUCAAAAGUAUAAGUCCGGAGGCUGUGCGUUAUCAUUUUGAUGGAUUGUUUCCCCCAGCUAAUCUACUUGUUGUUUUGCAUAACAAAAAGGCAGCUUUGAAAAAUCUGAAACGUCAAAGAAUUUUAAAUGCAUCACAAUGGGCUGUUUUAUUUCCAACAGGAUCGACGUCUGUGACUUCUUGUAAUUUUGAUUUGACAUUAAUGAUAUGUUUGCUGAGGAAUAUUUCUGGAAUAGCUGCACCAGUCAGAGGAUUUGAUGUACUGCCUUCCUCUUCGGACAUAAGUCCAGGAGCCGAUCUUGCAAGAAUAAAACAUUACAGAAAUCUAUCUGCUCAUUCAGGGGAUGGAAAACUAUCGAAUCAAAUGUUUAAUGACGCUUGGAAGGAUGUAAGCGAGGCGUCGAUAAGACUAGGAGGGAAUGUUAUUCAACAGAAGUGUGCCAAUUUAAAAAUCUGUAGUUUGGACAGCUCAUUUUUCAAACAGCUGUUGUUAGAUUUGAAGUGCCAAAAAGAAAACUUAACGAGACUAACUGAACUGGUGGAAAUAUUGAUGUUGAAAGUUGAAACAUUUGAGCAAACACAUCAACAUGUACUCCAAGAUCCAGUGCCAAACAAUAUCAGGGAGAGAAUCACGAAAGUAAUAUCUGACUGGAAAUCUUCAGAUGAGAAAUUCGUUCAAACAAAUAGUUCAAAGCACCUCUUAGAAGUACUGAAGAAAAACAAGAUCAUAGUAGUUACAGGAAAUGCAGGUGUUGGUAAAUCAGUUACUUCAAGGCACGUAGGUCUACACAUGUUACUUGAGGGUUUUGACGUACUACCAGUUAAAUCGCCAAAAGAUAUAAGCACAUAUGCUGCUAAAACAAGAAAAGCGUUAUUUAUUGUUGAUGACAUAUGUGGAAGAUACAAUGUUAUUCAGUCUGAGAUUGAAAAAUGGGAUAGAUAUGCUUCAGAUAUUAAAGACUGUUUUUCCAUAUCACCUAUCAAAAUCUUGGCGACCUGUAGACUGCAGGUGUUUAAACAUCCUAUAUUACAGAGAUUAGAACUGUUGACUCAGUGUCAGUUCAAUAUGACCUCUGAAAAGUACUCACCGACCGUCCAAGAAAAAAGGUCCAUUGCUGAUGUAUAUAUACCAGAGGAAUACACGAAAAAGAUGUCAGAGGAGUAUAUACAAAAAUAUGAUUGUUUUCCAUUAUUAUGUUGUAUGGUUUCUAAAUUUCAAGAAAGCAAUAUAAUCGACUUCAUAGGAAACCCAUAUAAUUAUUUUGAAGGGGAAUUUGACAAAAUGUCAAUAACAGCUGGGAUGAAUUAUUGCGCUUUACUUUCUGUCACUGUGUUUAAUGGUAAAUUAAGCGAAACAUUACUUGACGAUGAAUUAAGCACAAAAGACAAGGCAGCAUUUGUAGACAUCUUUGAAGCAAGUAUGCAAAAUACAAAUACGUCAAGAACACUAUUAAGCAAUCACCUGGAUAUUUUACUUGGGGUCUACAUUACAAAACUGGAUGACAUUUAUUCGUUCAUACAUGGCAAAAUAUUUGACUUUGCAUGCCAGUAUUUUUCAAAGAAAUGCAUGAAAUGUUUUAUUGAACACGGUGAUAUAUUGUUACUUUGUGAACGCUUUGAAUUUGAUUUUUUAACACAUGCAGAUGAUAUACAACGAAUAGCUGUUCCUGAAUCUUUCGAAAAAAAAUACUUUUACAGAAUGCUAAAUGAGGUUACAGAGGGAACUUUUUUAGAUAUUUUUGGUUGUAAACAAAUGAAAAAUGAAAUAUUUAGAAAACGUUUUCUUCAUACACUUGAAUUGCAGAACGAUGAGCUGAUUGCUCAAAUUCUAAAUAUUUCACAUCUUGGAAUCAACUUUUUACAUCUAAUGUGUGAACAAGGAGAUAAAGAAAUGGUAGAAUUUUGUAUAAGCAAAGGCAUGGAUAUCAAUGGAUGUGACGAUAUUGGCAUGUCUCCGCUCCAUAUUGCCUGUAAAUAUGGAUAUGAACAUGUAGUUAAUGUAUUGAUACAAUCUGGGGUCAACGUCAAUAGUCAUAAACGUCGGGGUUUAACGCCUCUGUACGAGGCCUGCUUCACUGAUCAAACACAAAUUGUCGAAAAACUUCUCAAAAGUGGUGCAAGACCUAAUGUAUAUAACAAACGAGGUUUAAUUCCAUUAACAGUUUCAGCUAAAAAUGGCAACAUCAAAAUUACACAGCUACUUCUUCAAUACAAGGCUGAUGUAAAUAAGGAAAAUAACGACGGUAUUUCAGCACUUCACGAAGCAUGCAUAAAUGAAAAGGAAGAUAUUGUAAAUAUUUUGAUCGGGUAUGAUGCUCACAUCGAUUGUAAGACAAAUAACAAUGAAACACCACUGUAUUUUGCAAGUAAGAAACACAAUUGCCGUAUUAUUGAAAUUCUUAUUUCAAAAGGCGCUUGCAUGUUUGAAACCUCGAAGUUAACAAAGCUAUCGCCACUCUGUUUAAUAAAAGAAAAGGAUGACGUACAACUGUUGAGAACACUUUUGCAUUCAUUGAAAAAUAAAAAUACAAGCUUCAGCUUUGUAUUUGCUGAACUAGAAAAGGCAUGUUUUAGUAAUGACAGCAAAUUUCUAAGGAUUAUUUUAGAAAUGAAUAUUAAUGUUGACGCCCAAUUAUCAUCCGGUGACACUGCUCUUACCAUAGCAUGCUCUGAAGGUUUUAAAACAAUUGCUGAAAUGCUUUUGAAUACAAAAGCAAAUAUCUAUGGUUUAUGUCAUAAUAACCGAAAUCCACUACAACUAGCUUGUUUAAACCACCACCCAGAAAUUGUGAAUAUGCUUAUUUCAAAAAAUGUCGACUGUAACUACAUAUCCUGUAGAAGUACAUUGCCCUUUCCUCUCCAUAUAUCUUGCAUGAUGAAUGAUUAUGAAUCGAUUGAGGCCCUUAUACAAUCCGAUGCUGAUGUUAAUCAAAUCAGCGAGAUACAAGGACCUGUUUUGUGUGAUUUUAAAUGCAAGGAAGACGCCGAUAAUUUUUUUAUAGAUGAAUGGAAUGACGAUAAAACCUACAUGAUGACUCCAUUAGAAAUAAUCUGUAUGGGGAAAAGUUUGAACCUUAGAAUAGUAAACCAUUUGCUAGAAAACAAGGCAAGAACAAACAUCAAAAGUGCAAAUGGUAUAAACCCUUUAUUAGUUGCAUGUUUUUACGAAUAUAAUGAUUUAAUAAGUAUUCUUUUGAAAAAUGAAGCAAAUAUAAAUGCAUGCAAUGAAAUAGACACAUUAUGUCUAGCUUACAUGCAAUAUAACGGUGAAGAAGAUAUCAUUGAUUUAUUAUCUUAUACAGAUUUUGCUACAGAAGUAUCUAAAUCCACAUCACUUCAUAUAGCAAGUAUGAAUAAUUCGCAUAAUAUGGUAAAUCAAUUACUACAAAAUCAUGCAAGACUAAAUAUAUCCUGUAAUAUUUCGCCGUUUCUGUUGGCUAUUCAAAAUGGUAAUUAUCAGAUGUCAGGAGGAACUCGCAAAAUGAUACUUCAUUACUAUAAAAAGCUCGGAGUAGUCAAAGAUGUUCAUCCUAUUCAUGCUGCGUGUCUUUCCGGGUAUACAGAUGUUGUUGAGACAUUGGUGCAGAAUAAUCGUUUUCAUUAUGCAGAAACUGCUAUUGGUAUUUCAUCGGCACAAGUCGCUUGCAUUAAAGGUUAUAUUUACUCAGACAAUCAUAAUAUGAUUAAACAAUAUUUUUUUUUAUCUCCUCUUCAAAUAUCAUGCCUUGGACAGUAUUGGGAUAUCUUCAAAAUAUUAAUGCAUAAAAAAGUGAAUUUUACAGAAACCUUUGACGUAUCUACCAAUUUAAUAGCAUGUUUCUCAGGAAACAACAAAGCAAUUGAAGCAAGUUUAGAUGAUACCCAAAUAUACAAAAUAUCUGUAUUGUGGCUUUUAGUUAUACAUAAGCAAAAUGAUAUAGCAAAAUACAUUUUAGAUACAAUAAGGAAUUCUGAUUUGGAAGUAAGUAAGAGUUUGAAAACCUUAUUCCUCCGCGCAUGUUCAAAUGGUAAUCUUGAAAUAGCUUCUCUUAUAUACAGCAAACUCGUAAAUUUGAAUAUAAUUGAAAUUGAUAAUGUUGAUACCCUUUAUUCUUCCUGUGAGAAUUGCCACCGAGACGUUGCGGAAUUCCUGGUUUCAAACUGUAUUUGCACAGAGUCUGCUACUCCUGAUAACGAAGUGCCUCUUCAAACAGCAUACAGAACCUGUCUAGACUAUAUUGUAGAAUUACUAUUAAGAGAUGGUGCUGACCCAUUUCUAAUAAAAGCUGAAAUGGAUGCCUUUCGUAAAACAUCAAAAUCUAUUCAAGCGGAAUGUUUGAGAGAAUUGUUCGCCUUUUGGAAUGCAAAUGUUUAUUCAGUAAAUACUUGUCCAGACAAUUUUCUCGAUAGGGUUUCAGAUAGAGGCGAAAAAAUGUUGUACUCUGCCUAUCUAAAAAAGAACGCAGAUCUGAUGAAUCUCAUUGUCUGUUUUGGGGCAAAUAUCAAUUUCACUUAUGGAGAAAAAAAUGACACAUUACUCAUGAAAGCUUGUAAAGACAACGACAUUCAAUUAACAAAACUUUUGCUUGAAAAUUCACCAAACCUAGACAUCAGAAACAAUGAAGGAGAGACUGCACUUUGUAUUUCAUGUGAACUUGACAGAUUUGACAUUGCAGAACUCUUUGUUAACUGCGGUGCUAAUGUCAAUAUUUGUAAUAACGAAGGACUCAGUCCACUUUACUUUGCUUGCAUCCAAAUAAAGUUGAAUACUGUAAGGUUGUUGUUAAGAAAUCAAGCAGACGCAAACGUGUGUCUAUCUCGUUUUAAGAGUUUACUUAUAAUUUGCUGUGAGAGCAGAGCUUAUGAAAUCGUAGAUCUUUUACUUCAGUAUGGUGCAGAUGCAAAUUUUUGUUACUAUUGGGGUGACACUGCAUUAAAUAAAUCACUCCAAAUGGCUGAUGCGAAACUUACCAAAAGUUUGUUAGCUUAUACUGCAGACUGGAAAGACAUGUGUCUCGAUUUGCAAUAUUCUUUUAUUAAAGCUUGCAAAAAAGGCUGUGUUGACUUUGUUCAGAUGAUUUUACAAAGAGAUCAAAGUUUUGACGUAAAUGCAGCUUUUGAUGGAAAAACGCCCUUGUAUGCUUGCUACGAAGCUUUAUCACAUGUUGAUUCAUCUCAAUACACGUCACAAAUAAAAACUGGGUCUCUUCUUCUUCAACAUGGUGCUGAUUUAUUUGUAUCAACAAAUGGAAAUGAUACAGCAUUUCAUCAGCUUUGCGCAAAAGGUAAUCUAUCUGAUAUAAAAGAAGUUUUAGAAAACUGUCUGAUUAAUCAGACGAUUUUAGGAGUAGAAUUCGCACAUGCCUGUGCGAACAACCGAAAUGAGUUAGCAUGUCUUUUCAAUAAAAUUGUUCGUCGCCAACUUAGUACAGACAAUUUGCAUAACAUUUUUUUUCUGGCAGCUAAAUAUGGAAUGGAUGAUAUCAUUGAGGAUGUUCUUCAUUCAAAUAUCGAUUUAAAUAGUGAAAAUGUAAAAGGUCAAACAGCUUUGCAUAUUGCUUGUUCGAAAGGAAAUGAUAGUGUUGUUGAAAAGUUGUUGGCGUGCGGAAAAACUGAUAUUAACAAGCAAUCAGAUAAUGGCUAUACUGCAUUGCAUUUUGCAUGCUGUAAUGGUCAUAGAAAUGUUAUCGAAAUUCUACUGAACAACGGAGCUGCAAUAAAUAUACGAUCAUAUUUAGGCGAAACAAUAGUAGCUGUUGCUUCUACAUUACAUGCAAAAGUCAUUGAUAUUUUGUUGAAUUGGAACAUUGAAGAGAUCAUAGAACAACUAUUGGAACAUAAAUCGACCCUUUUGAAAGCAUAUUCUUCAUCGUGUAGCAAUAAAAGUAUUCUACGACGAUAUUUGAUUUCAGUAGAUCUGAACUCAUACGUGGAUAACAAUGAGUUUCCACUUCACAUUGCUUGCAGGUUAAGUGAUAAUGAACUAAUUGAUCAACUGAUUGAUAACCCAAACGUAGACGUAGACUGUAUAUCAAAAUUUGGUGUAACACCACUUUUAAUAUGCAUUUGUAACCAGGAUCUGAGAAAUACAAAAACAAUUAUAGAAUCGGGCGCUUCAGUUAAUAAGAUGACAAAUAUUUCCAAACAAGGACUCCAACAACUUUUUGGACAUACCACUGCUUCCUUCGUCAAAGAUCUAACCCCACUUUCAUUUGCAUGUUUUGUUCAGAAUUGUGAAAUUAUUCAGAUUUUAAUUGACCAAAAUGCAAACAUUUGUUCACCAGUUCAUAUCUCCCAUGGCAAUCCAGAUGAUAGUUCUGAAUGCGAAAUCCUGACACCGUUAUGUGUAUCGGUCAUACUUAACAAUUAAGCUAUAGUGAAGGUA